AUGUUGCAUUACGAAAGUUCGGAUUUAAUUGAUGAGUUCGACGCGAGUUAUGGUGAUUUAGACUUACUUCGUUCUCAGUUUGACGAAACACAGACUAAAAUCGAAUCAACUUUAAUAUCUCAAAAAUUAUUUGUAGAAUCCGAACAGGAGGAAAUCCGUGAUAAUUUUAUGGACAAAGUGAUCGAUAUUCGUGCAAAAUAUAAUAAAUUCUUAAAGCGUAAGUCAAUUAUUGAGCGUAGUGAUAGUGAUAAUAAUUCUGAGCGUAAAUCUGACUGUGGAAGGUGUAGUGCUCCGAGUACAAGUGUUAGGUUACCUAAGCUGCCGUUGUUAACGGUUUCCGCCUGGAAUUCCCUUGUAGAAAGAUACUCCGAUAAACGUCGUAUUGCAAAUAAAUAUAUGGAUGAAUUGUUGAAUUCAACUUCGUUGCGUAGUGACAUAGACGUCGAAGGUAAUCAUGUUGCCUCUGAGUGUAAAUCAAACUUUAAAUGUGACAAGUGUGUAAUGUCACAUAAUAAACUCUUGCACUUUAAGCAAGAUAGUGUGAAUGAGAAAGAGUGUUCUCGUGUUCGUGAAAACGAAAGUGGUGUACGGCGAGUGUCUGGCGAGUGUGUGAAUGCCAGCGGAGAACAGGCUGUGGUGUCCCUUAAAGGCUCUGUGUGUGCGAGCUCGGGAACAGUUUUGUUGUCCAUUGCCAUGGUUCGAGUGAGGCGACGUGACGGCUCCUGCGAGAUGGCUCGCGUUUUAUUGGAUCCCGGUUCGCAGUCGUCGUUCGUAACCUCUAGUUUCAUUCGUCGAUUAGGCUUACCGAUUCGGCAGGUGUGUGUGCCAGUGUGUGGUCUCAGUAUGUCCAAUGUGUGUAAGGCGAAUGAUGUCGUGUCGUGUGAGAUACUACCUGAUAAUAGUGAUAAUAAUUCUCAGUUUGUGUCACGUUUAGUGUUAAAUAAAAUUACGAACUUUAUACCUAAUGUGUAUGUUCCUAUUGAACAGUGGGAUCAUUUAAAACCAUUAAAGCUUGCCGAUUCAAAAUUUAAUAUUCCAUCUAAGGUUGAUAUUUUGUUGGGCGCUGAGGUGCUUCCCUCUAUCAUAAGAGACGGUCGUGUCGUAGGUGCGUGUGGGGGUCCCUAUGCUAUCAACAGUGUGUUUGGUUGGUUGGUUAUGGGAGAGGUGAGAAAUAAAAAUCUAAAGAACCUGCAGAAAGUAUCUAUGUCUAAUUUUAUAUCUGAUGAAAACCUCUAUUCAAUUUUGAAAAGGUUCUGGGAGAUUGAAUCCGAACCAGUUGUCGAUUCUUUUUUAAGCCUGGAGGAGAGGCGCUGUGAAGAUCAUUUUGUUUCAACUCAUUCUCGUGAAAAGAAUGGGAGAUAUAUGUUUAGAUUGCCUUUUAAAACUGGUCGACUGGACUUAGGUAAUUCGCGGGAUAUCGCUUUGCGGCGUUUAUUAGCUUUAGAAGGAACGUUAAACAAAAAUGAAUUAUUGAAAAGGGCAUAUAGUGAUUUUAUGAAGGAUUAUUUGGAUUCGGGUCACAUGGAAUUGGUUAAAAAUAAUUUGGAUGUUCAUUAUAGGCCUAACUACAUUCCACAUCAUUGUGUUAUAAAAGAGUCUAGUUCAACGACUAAACUACGUGUAAUCUUCGAUGGUUCCGUGAAGUCUGGUAAUGGUCUGUCGCUUAAUGAAUGUUUGCUGGUGGGGCCUAAGCUUGAGAAGUUUAGGUUACAUGAGAUAGUUUUUGUAGCGGACAUAAAACAAAUAUUUCGAGGAAUAUUGGUAAGCGAAGAUGAUCGGGACUAUCAGCGAAUUUUGUGGCGAGAUUCAUCGUUUGAUUCGGUUCGUGAAUAUAGACUUCGAACGGUCACGUACGGCCUCUCUUCUUCUCCGUAUCUCGCGAUACGGACUUUGCAACAGCUGGCCUCUGAUGAAGGGCACAAUUAUCCAAAUGCUGCUAAGGUUCUAGUUAACGAUAUCUUUGUCGGUGUCACGGGAUCAGUGGCCUGUGUCUAUGACUAUUGA